CAAGCUCCAUUGCAAUUUGCCUCGGACCGCGGCGAUGCCAAGCCCCUCAUACACACUCAGACCUUCACUCUACGGAUGUGUUUCGCAGCAGUGUCAACGCUUCUAGCCGUUUACCCAAUUUCCUCCUGUAGUAAAGGCAAUUUCUCAAAUCCAAAGCUGGUACUCUUUCAAUAUGGUUGAUGGACGGGAUAAUUGUCCAACCAAGCAGGAUGUGGUGGACGGGAUUGAAUGCUUUCUAGAGCUAUACAAGCAAAUCAUUGCCGAGAAAUCCUUCAAGGGUUAUGAUGUCAAACUCUUGACAGAGUCUAUUAAAUUCGUCGAUGCAGACCCAUCAGGCUGGUCGGUCUGGGAAUUCACGGCCGACGAGACAUGGUGUAAUAUCAAUGGCGUUUUGCACGGAGGUGCUUACGCUCUUAUAUUUGACAUGUGUACUGCCUUGACGAUGCAGACAGUGUCUAAGGCUGGAUAUUGGGAUUUUUUGGGAGGCGUGUCAAGGACAUUGAACAUUUCAUAUCUUAAAGGCAUCCCGCUUGGUACGAAAGUGUGUAUUAGGUGCCAAGUCGAGCAACACGGAAGGACGAUGGCUUUACUUAGCGGUUACUUCGAAUCACUUGACGGCAAGACAAAAUACGCAACUGUAGAGCACCACAAGGUUCAUGUACCUUCAAUCCCAGAGUAUGCUGCUCGGUUGGAGGCUAUGAAAAAUGUUCGAAGGAGAGAAAGAUUGAAGCUGUAACAAUACUCCUCCCAUUAUGCAUACUUCUAGGU